AUGGCUGAAAGUACAGGAGACGAUGUCCCUUCUGCCUCGACCUCUAGCUCUGAGCCUGAUGAUUUAGAGAAGAAGAUUAUUCGUCAGAUAGAGUUUUAUUUUGGUGACAGAAACCUCAGUCGGGACAAGUUCCUUCAAAACAAGAUCAAAGAGAAUGAAGAUGGAUGGGUGGAGUUGAGUGUUCUUUUGACAUUUAGUCGACUCAAGGCUCUUAGUACCGAUUGCAGUCUCAUUGCUGGUGCCCUGAGAAAAUCAACUAGUGGGCUUUUAGAGGUAAGUGAGGAUGGUCUUAAAGUAAAGAGGAAAUCAUCAGAUCCUGUUCCAACUCUAUCCCUACUCUCCCCUGAGGAUAGGAAGGACAUGAGCAAUCGCACUCUUUAUAUGAAAGGCUUUCCAAAAGAUUCAACUCUUGAUGACAUUCAAGACUUUCUUCUCCCAUUUGGAGAGACUGAAAUGAUACGAAUGAAGAAAGACCUUGACAAACAGUUUAAGGGAUCAAUUUUUGUUGAGUAUAAGUUAGUGGACUCCAUUAGUAAAGUACUGGAGAAGAAAGCAGAACUAAAGUAUAAGGAUGAGCUAUUGACUGUGGAGACAAAGCAGGAUUACUUUAAACGUAAGGAUGCAGAGAGGAAGGAAAAGAAGGCUCAGUCUCGUGUAGAAUCAUCUUCAGGUUCUGCCACUGAAACAUCAAAAGAUACCAAUGGCACUACUUUUAUCAGACAAGAAGGAGCUAUACUUCACUUCACUGGCUGUGGGGAUGGAACGACUCGUGAGACACUUAAGGAAUAUUUUAGACAAUUUGCAACUGUUGCUUGGGUUGACUUUCAAAAAGGAGACACUGAAGGCUAUAUCAGAUUUGAUGAAGAUGGAGGAGCAAAGAAAGCAUAUGAUGGUGCUAUGGCUAAUGUACCGACUGGAGAAGUUUGUAAAAUAUGUGACAGUGACGUAACUUUAAAGGUUCUGGAAGGAGAAGAAGAGAGUGCUUACUGGGAGAAAAUGAAAGAAGACCAAGCCAAUAGGAAAGCGAAUAAAGGUGACACAGAUUGA